CUUGUUCCUGGAAUCACGUGCUUGACUAUGCUUGAGGAGGCCGGGAACUUGGCAGGAAUCUGCCUCCUUUUAGUGGAUGUUGGGUUAAGAACUUUGGCACUAAGCACUUAUCUCUGAGCUGGAGAAUCUGGAUGGAGGAGAUCACUAGGGAUCUGACUGGCAUAGAGUCUAUGGAUCAAUGUCGCCAUACCUUGGAACAGCAUAACUGGAACAUAGAGGCUGCUGUACAGGACAGAUUAAAUGAGCAAGAGGGUGUACCAAGUGUUUUCAACCCACCUCCAUCCCGACCCCUGCAGGUUAAUACAGCCGACCACAGGAUCUACAGCUAUGUUGUCUCAAGACCACAACCAAGGGGGCUGCUUGGAUGGGGUUAUUACUUGAUAAUGCUUCCAUUCCGGUUUACCUAUUACACAAUACUUGACAUUUUUAGGUUUGCGCUUCGUUUUAUACGGCCUGACCCUCGCAGCCGGGUCACUGACCCUGUUGGGGACAUUGUUUCAUUUAUGCACUCUUUUGAAGAGAAAUAUGGGAGGGCACACCCUGUCUUCUACCAGGGAACGUACAGCCAGGCACUUAACGAUGCCAAGCGAGAGCUUCGCUUUCUUUUGGUUUAUCUUCAUGGAGAUGAUCACCAGGACUCUGAUGAGUUCUGUCGCAACACACUCUGUGCACCUGAAGUUAUUUCACUAAUAAACACUAGGAUGCUCUUCUGGGCAUGCUCCACAAACAAACCUGAGGGAUACAGGGUCUCGCAGGCCUUACGAGAGAACACCUAUCCAUUCCUGGCCAUGAUUAUGCUGAAGGAUCGGAGGAUGACUGUGGUGGGACGGCUAGAAGGCCUCAUUCAACCUGAUGACCUCAUUAACCAGCUGACAUUCAUCAUGGACGCAAACCAGACUUACCUGGUGUCAGAACGCCUAGAAAGGGAAGAACGAAACCAGACCCAGGUGCUGAGACAACAGCAGGAUGAGGCCUACCUGGCCUCUCUCAGGGCCGACCAGGAGAAAGAAAGAAAGAAACGGGAGGAGCGGGAGCGGAAGCGGCGGAAGGAGGAGGAGGUGCAGCAGCAGAAGCUGGCAGAAGAGAGGCGGCGGCGGAAUUUGCAGGAGGAAAAGGAAAGGAAGUUGGAGUGCCUGCCCCCGGAGCCUUCCCCUGAUGACCCUGAAAGUGUCAAGAUCAUUUUCAAAUUACCCAAUGAUUCUCGAGUAGAGAGACGCUUCCACUUUUCACAGUCUCUAACAGUAAUCCACGACUUCUUAUUCUCCUUGAAAGAAAGCCCUGAGAAGUUUCAGAUUGAAGCCAACUUUCCCCGGCGGGUGCUGCCCUGCGUCCCUUCAGAGGAGUGGCCCAACCCCCCCACGCUGCAGGAAGCCGGACUCAGCCACACAGAAGUUCUCUUUGUUCAGGACCUAACAGACGAGUGACACUUUUUUCUUCCUCUCCCCUCCCACCCCAAUCCCUAAAAGAAAUGGAAAAAACAAAAAAACAAGAGAAAUUCAUAUUAUUAUUAUUAUUAUACAAUAUUUUUUUUAAAAGACUGCUGCAUCCUAAGGAAGGAUCAGAAACCGUGCUGCCUGCAAGAGUCACCACCUGUGUGAGUGCGUGAGGUCGGCAAUGAACGUUCCCGCUGGCAGGCCCACCCUUUCCUCCUGCCUCUGCACCACGCACCUUCCAACGAGAGGAGACUCUUCACCUCCAACCCAGCCGUUGUCCCAACUGGGGAAGGGGACAUUCCCACUAGUUCUCAUUCAUUCUUGCUUUUAUGGAAAAUAAAAGUGAAAAAAACUCCUCCAUCAACCAGCUACUGCAGCAUCUGCUGAGGACUUGCUUCCCCCCUCUCUGGAGAAGAGAGGGAAGGGAAGGCACAGAGCAGAGAUGUACCUUGAACUUCCCACAAUUUACGAAUAACUUUUAAAUUUUUUUCUGUUACUUUGUAAUGACCAAAGGAAUGAGGCUGACAUAGGUGUAUUUUUUUUCUUUAUUUGAUAAAGAGCCAAUUCUUAAACCCAUGAGUUCAUACCCUGGGCUCCUUAGCCCACAAGAGUGUAAUAAAGGUGCCCUGGGCUGGUUUGUGCUUA